AUGCUGGCACUGGUCUAUCUUCCUAUUAUUAUAGAUAUUUGCCAAUAUCUUCUUUAUAGAGUCUGUAAAUACACUACCUGUGUCUGUAGGAAUUUGUUAUAUUCAUUGUAUAUUUUUGCAUUAAAGGAGUCGGAGAAAUGUUUCAUCUGUGACUCACGGGUGCCCUACCAAAGGGGAAGCCACAGAAUCCAAAAUGUCAUUUACCUGGCAGGACCCGAUGGAGAGAAGACAUGGUGGCAAUCCGAGAAUGGAGUGGAAACAGUAAGCAUUCGGCUCGAUUUGGAAGCAGAAUUCCACUUUACACAUCUCAUCCUAAAAUUCAAGACGUUCCGACCAGCCGCCAUGUUGAUUGAGAGGUCGGCAGAUUUUGGGCGCACUUGGAAAGUUUAUCGGUAUUUCUCCUAUAAUUGCACCAAAAUGUUUCCGGGGGUCCCAGUUCAUGCCUUGCAGAAGAUCGAUGACGUGAUUUGUGAUCAGAGAUAUUCAGAUAUUGAGCCGUCCACGGAAGGAGAGGUGAUUUUCAAAGUCCUUGAUCCAGCUAUCAAAGUAGAAGAUCCCUACAGCUUGGAGAUACAAGAGCUCCUGCAGAUUACAAACUUGAGGAUCAAUUUCACCAAGCUUCACACGUUGGGAGACAAUCUGUUGGAUCAGCGGGCAGAAGUCCUACAGAAGUAUUAUUUCGCAGUGUACGAGCUGGUGGUCCGUGGGAGCUGCUUCUGUUAUGGGCAUGCCUCGGAGUGCUCCCCCGUGGAAGGGAUUGAAGGAGGAGUGGAAGGAAUGAUCCACGGCCGAUGUGUCUGCAAACAUCACACCACGGGCCUGAACUGUGAGCUGUGCCAGGACUUCCACCACGAUCAUCCAUGGAGACCAGCGGAACCAGACAACCCCCAUUCCUGCAAAAGAUGCAACUGUAACAAUCACUCCGUAAGGUGCCACUUUGACAUGGCGGUGUAUCUGGCCACCGGAGGGGUGAGCGGCGGCGUAUGCGACGACUGUCAGCACAACACGAUGGGACGCAACUGUGAGCUCUGCAAACCGUUCUACUACCUGAACCCCUGGUCUGACAUCCGGGCCGAGACGGCCUGCGUCCGUGAGUUUGUCUUCUGGCUCAUUAAUAAAAUGCUCGGGGGCGUGGGGGGGCGGUAA